UGGAUGUGGCGCUGCGUGCUGCUCUGCGCGUGGCCGUCUAGUUCUGUCUGAGGCGCGUGAAUGCACGAGUGCAUAGGCAUUAUCUUCAUUUCCAGUUUCAUCGGCAAUUUACAGAAUGCAGAGGUGAAAACGGCCGCACUCGCCGAUCGAGGUACAAAUCCUUGACGGUAUACUUUUGUAUCACACCAGUUAGUAUUAUAUUUAUUGUCUGGAAGCCGAUCCUGGGAGAGAAUAUCACGCAUGCAUUCAAACAGAGGAUUAUCGCGGAGGAACUGCCUCGACACCAUGAGCUGCAGUUGGGGGACGGAGCUGUGGGAUCAGUUUGAUAAUCUAGAGAAACACACUCAGUGGGGCAUUGAGUUUUUGGAGCGCUACACCAAGUUUGUGAAGGAACGGUCUGAAAUUGAACAGAGCUAUGCUAAACAGAUCAGGAAUCUGUCCAAAAAGUAUCAGCUCAAGAAGAAUUCCAAAGAGGAGGAAGAAUUCAAGUACACCACAAGUAGAGCAUUUCUGAUGACCUUAAAUGAGCUGAACGACUACUCGGGUCAACACGAGGUCAUCGCCGAAAACCUGUCCACUCAGAUAAUCGCAGAGUUGAGCCGCUACACUCAAGAACUGAAGGCUGAGCGAAAAUCGCAUUUCCAUGAUGGCCGCAGAGCGCAGCAACACAUUGAGAAUUCCUGGAAGCAGCUGGAAUCGAGUAAGAGAAGAUUUGAGAGAGACUGUAAGGAAGCGGAUCGCGCCCAGCAUUACUUCGACAAGAUGGACGCAGACAUUAACGUGACUAAAGCAGAUGUGGAAAAGCGGUGUUCUCUCAAGGCGAAACAGCAAGCUCAGAUGAGGCAUCAGGUAGCAGAGGACAGUAAAAACGAGUACCUGACCUACCUGCAGAAGUUCAACAAGGACCAACAUGAGCACUACUACACGCUUAUACCACAUAUCUUUCAGAGGAUACAGGAGAUGGAGGAGAGGCGGGUGGGCAGGGUGAGGGAGAGCAUGCGGGUGUACACGGAGGUCGAGCGUAAAGUAUUGCCCAUCGUCAGCAAGUGUCUGGACGGCAUGACCAAAGCAGCUGAAUCCAUCGAGCCUAAAAUGGACAGCAAGCAAGUUGUAGAAUCGUAUAAGUCGGGCUUUGAGCCGCCGGGUGAUGUGGAGUUCGAGGACUACAGCGUGUCGAUGAAGAGGGCGGUGUCUGAAUCCAGCUUCCUGAACGCUCGUGGAGAGAGCAGACGCCGGAGCAGGAGCAAACUGUGGCCUUUACUCAAGAGGAAUAAGCUUAUGUCUUUGUUAGCGUCACCCCGCCAGCCCCCUCCCCCUCCCCCCACAUCCCCGUCCCCGGACGGCCUCCCCAACGGCCCCCAGUCCCCACAGCAGCCCAAGGAGCCCCUCAGUCAGCGCCUCAACGACUUCAUGGGCACCAAACACAAAAUGCACUGCCUGCGGAGCCUGAAACGUGGGCUUUCUCUAAAGCUGGGAACAGGUCAGGAGGACUACAGUCAUCUGCCCCCCGAGCAGAGGAGGAAGAAACUACAAGCUAAGCUCAAUGACAUCAACAAGGACAUCCAGAAAGAGAUGGAUCAGAGGGAUGCCCUGACUAAAAUGAAAGAUGUUUACAUUAAGAAUCCUCACUUGGGGGAUCCAGAUAGUAUAGAUCCACGGUUAGAGGAAAUCACACAAAGCUUGGAAAAACUGCAGCUUGAGGCACAGAAAUUUGAGGGCUGGCUGACAGAGGUGGAGAGGAAGCUACUUGAAAAGGGAUCUGAGUCUCAGAGAAGACAGAGCAGUCAUUUUGACUCGCAGGGCAACACGCCACUUACAAACAACUACGGUCAAAGCCGAGAGAGUCCGGAUGGCAGCUACACGGAAGACCCCAGCACAGAGUCCACCAUGCAGAUCAAAUCUCGCAGCACUGAGUUUGAUGAGGAAUUUGACGAGGAGGAGCCUUUACCCACCAUUGGAACAUGCAAAGCACUUUAUCCAUUUGAAGGUCAGAACGAAGGUACCAUAUCCAUGGCCGAGGGUGAGAUGCUGUACGUAAUCGAGGAGGAUAAGGGGGACGGAUGGACCCGUGUCCGCAGAAACGAGGACGAGGAAGGAUACGUGCCCACAUCCUAUAUCAAACUCUUUUUGGACACGAAUGCCAAAGAUCCCUAAAAGUGUUUGGCUGGCACAGGAGUGGCAGGGCAAGCGUCCUUGCGUGAAACGUCCUCCUCUUGUAACUGUAGUCAGAGAGCUGGCAAAUGGGGGACUAACUGAAAGGAUAUUCCAUUUAACGCAACCUCUUUCACUGAACCCUCUCGUCGGCCAUAAGAACGCAAACUGAUCUUUUUCAUGACUAGCGUGCUGAUUAUUUGCAAAAGCUUGCUUCUCGUAUGGACCUAGAGUAUUUAGCCUUGUGCUGUAGCUGCUUGCCGUCAGAGCCGAGCCUUUAGGUUUGUUUGCUGAGGCACAGAGUAAGUGCCGUGUUCAUGUCUUAUUGCCUGGCUUGCUUCAGAGCCAAGAGGAGUUUCUCAUGAAGACAUUAGACUUGAUGAAUAUUUGUCAGUGCAGAAUGUUUAGUUAUGUGAAAACUAUAAAAAUGUGGGGGAUAUAUGGGACUCAUUUUAUACAUUAUAUACUAGAGUUGUUUUUACAGUUAUUAAUACAGUGUUUGCAAGGCGGCAGUUUAUUUUAAUCUUCUGCCCAAUUUUCUGAAGUUCAUGAUUAGUUCAUGGAAAUUUAAGAUUAAGCUUUUUUUUUUUUUUUUUUUAAAUGGACUGAUGAAUACAGUUUUCUUUCCUAUGAUUAUGUGUCUCCUAUUAAAGUCAGGGAUGGACAUAUUAAAAGCUUUGUCUUUUUGCCCUUAGGUACACUACUUUUCAAAAGUUCGGGGUCAGUAAGAUUGAAUAAAUAAAUAAAAAUAAUACUUUACACAGCAGGCAUUAAGGCAAUGCUUCAAAUUGAUCAAAAAAGGGACAGUUACGA